GGAUGCCAGAUACGUCAGCGCCCGUCUAUUCGUCCGUCCGUGCCCGCGUCGACCGCUGCGGAUCGUCACGCGAUAGCAGCGGCCAGUACGCGAGUACGCAUCGACGCCGAAGUCUGUUGCGGCACGUCUCCACUCACACCAAUCACGGCGCUGAGCGGUCCGCCUGGCACGAUGCAGACGCGCAUCAACAUCGAUGAGCCCCGCUGGGACCAGAGCACAUAUUGGGGCCGGGCGCGGCACUUUUUCACAGUGACCAACCCCCUCAAUCUGUUGUGCACGGGUCGCGAGCUCGAGGAGUCGCGCGAAAUCGUCACGCGCUACCGCAAGGGCGAGAUGCUGCCGGGAUUGACGGAAGAGAAACUCUGGCAUGCCAAACACAUCUACGACUCGGCGUUCCAUCCGGACACUGGCGAGAAGGUGACGCUGAUUGGCCGUAUGUCGGCCCAGGUGCCCAUGAACAUGACGAUCACGGGCUGCAUGCUCACCUUCUACAAGACCACACCGCAAGUGAUCUUCUGGCAGUGGGUCAACCAGUCGUUCAACGCGGUUGUCAACUACUCGAACCGCAGCGGAGAUUCUCCCAUACCCUUGUCGACGCUGGGUUUCUCGUAUGUGUUAGCGACCGGCGGUGCUUUAGGAACCGCGCUGGGUCUGAACAGUCUCGUGAAGUCGCUUCCGCCGCUCGUUGGUCGGUUCGUGCCGUUCUGUGCCGUGGCGGCGGCCAACUGCGUGAACAUCCCCAUGAUGCGGAUGCGCGAGAUCAAUCACGGAAUUCCCGUAGUUGACGACAACGGCAACCGCCUCGGCGAGUCCAAGGUGGCCGCAAAGUGGGCCAUCGCAAUGGUCGUCCUCUCCAGGGUGGGCAUGGCCGCUCCCGGCAUGGUAUUCCCGCCGAUUGUGAUGAACACGCUCGAGAGGAAAGGCGUGCUGCAGCGCUACCCGUGGAUCGGCGCUCCCCUGCAAGUGGGCCUGUGCGGCCUGAUGCUGGUGUUCGCGACACCCCUGUGUUGUGCCAUCUUUCCACAGAAGAGCUACAUUGAAGUUAGCCACUUGGAACCGGAGUUGCAGGAGGUCAUCAAAAAGCUGCCCAGUCCUCCGACGAGGGUGUAUUAUAACAAGGGGCUCUGAGCUGCGUCCCUCUAGAGUGCUUUUCUGCGAUUACAUGCAAGAAAAUAUGGUCUGCCUGCAUUGUGUAGACGUUUUCAUUGCAAGUUUCAAAUUUUGGGUUAGAGUCAGUUGCAGAAUUGGUCUGCUUUUCCUCGAUGCGGUGCUUUGGGCAUCCAACUUUUACAUGUAUCGUGGGGGAUGAUGUUCAUCUACUAAAUGACACACAAAAGCACAAAUCGGUUGCAUUGGCACCACACUGAAGACAAGCAGCAAAUAAUGAUGGCAUAUGAGGUGCAGUUGAUAGUGUCUUUUAGAAAGCUUUAGGUGGCAUUGCUUAGUUGCUGUUACUGAAAAGCAUCUGUUGGAUUUUGUGAAAUGGGAUGGAGUAACCCAUAAUAUGCCCCAUGGGAAUACUUUGCAAACUCACAAAAAGAAAAGUACUUGCAUGUCUUCUGCUUAGUUAGCUCAAGUACCUGAGCACCAUGAUUCGUGUCCCCACCAACACAAUUGUAGCAUCCAUAAAACGGCUAUAGUAUGCUAAACAUAGUUCGGAAAAUGCAAUACCUGUAUGUUUUACAUUAAACACUGGAAGCGCCACAUUUUCUUGCAUGUGUUGGAGUAAAUAUAACUUUUUCCUUCCAUGCUGUUAACUAGCAACUUAUUUUGCUAUCAAAGAUUUAUUUUUUUGCAACUUUUCUGGGCUGUUGUACCAUGUGGGCUUUCAUGCAAGAUUGCAUUUGGGUCGCAAAACAAUAUAGUUUUUCUUCCACGCAACUAUUCCAGGCACACUCACCUGUGCUCUACACACAAUGCCACAUAAUCCUAACGAGAAAUGAGAGGAGCAAGAUCAGUCUGUCGUUGUUUCAUGAAUAAUUAUCUUUUAGACGGCAAGUGUCACUUGCACCUUCCUACUGAGUACAUUGAUGUGGCCCGCAAUAAAUGUUCUUUGUUCCUACUUAUGCAGUGCUGUGGAGCUCUGCUAUUUCGUCAGAGUGCACAAUAUAGACGGAGGGGCAUGUUUAAGAUUGGUCACAAAUGCUACAGUUACCCUUUAGGGGUGUGUGAAUAGUACUUUUGAGGCUGAAUCGAAUAGUGUCAGAAGCCAAUUGAAUUGAAUGUUGAAUAUUUUCUGAAUAAUGAACAGUCUUCUCAUCAUUAAUAUCACACAAUGAGAAAGUUUCUGUCAUUGCACUGCACAUUACAAAGUCUGCUUUAUUAAAAGCACUAAGGGAGUAUCAGGGACAACUGAGCAGGUUCUUCAUAAAUUUGGGACUCUUCAGGGCGUAUGUUGUCAUGCGUCAUUAUAUAAAGCUUAUAGAGGCAGUCUUACUGUCCUAUUUAAUAUGUGUGUAUAUUUUUGUGACCAAAUCGGAAACGCAUGCCAAACAGUACCCAAUACCGGAGGCCGUGCCUAAACAUUUUAUUGUGAAUGGUCGUGUUUAGUCGGAAAAGUCUGGCUGUACGAGUGAUGCAAUAUGCUCUAGUACGUUAUGUCCGCUAAAGAUGAGAUGAAAGUUGUUGCAGUUUUGGUUGAAUUCCAUGUUUGAUUGUGUAAAAUUGUGUGAUUGUAAAUUGUUUGAUUGUGUCUGCAGGAAGUAUUUGGAAACUAUCUAAUUUAUUUAGAUUUUCGACUAUUUAUUAUUCUUUUCAAGGACCAAAUCAAUUGUGACCAUUCAAUUUGAGGACCCAAUCAAAUAGGGAAAUAUUCAGUUCAAUAUUCAAAUGUUUUGAAUAUUUGCACACCCCUAUCACCCUUCUUGCUGUGAAUCUACCCUGUUCAAUCUACCCUGGUUAUAGUUUAUAUCAUGUAUCAAACUGACAAACAAAUGGAUGGCUUCACUGCUGCUUUUUUGCCGUUAUCUAAAUAUGUCUGGCUGAGUUUGUGCAUGUCGGGAAGGAAAUGUUUUUGUAGCAAACAAGACCUCUUGAAAAAAGCUUGUGCAUGUGAUGAGAGUUCUGAUUUCUUUAGGGGAAGCUAGUUCAUAACGUAGGAUUUCGGAUGCAGACACACGACUCAAGGUUCAGUUGGGCACAGAAGCAUUUUGUUUUGGGAUGAUACUAAUUCAUACACAUUUACAGAUGCAAGCACCUAUGUAACAGCACUUGGUUAUGACUUAGGAAAUAUGUUGCAUAUAAUUCUGCAUGCCUUGCCAAAGACUAAAGCCCUCGCAUUGAUGAAAUAAUUCUGGAAUUGAAGGACAUGAUUUUACUAUGUAACAAGUGUCAAAGGUUAGACAUCUGUGGUAGUCUUGUAAAAAAUUGUCUAUAGUUUCAUGUUCAAGAAUUGUUACUAUUGCUAAGCUUAGUGUGUGAGAGGAGUGCUCGCUGUUUGAUGCACAUAGUGUCGUGGUGUUCUAAAGUUUAAUAAUGGAAGAGCUUAUUAAAGAAAUGACUGGGCUUGCAGCCAAGGGCCAAAUCGUAUGUUACCGUCCUUAGUAUUGCGCACCAAAUGCUAUAUUGAUGAGGGUUGUUGUCAGAUGUACGUAGUGCGGUAGCUCUACCAUUUUGCGUACAACCUUCUUUACAAUCUUUAUUUACUGCAGAGACUCUGCACAAUGAAAGGUCACAUUUGUGGUGGAUAUUCAUGCAGUGCCUCAUAUAACCUGCAAGCAGGUUAUUGUGUGUUAACACUGUAGUGCACAUUGAAAGUCCGACUACAAUACAUUGGAACCCUACUUCGUGGCAAAGCUAGAACUUAGCCUAGCAACCUCGAACGAUGCUUAACUCUCAUAGCAGUUACAACGAAGGCGCCAAAUAAAACAACGGAGGAAGGAAGGUGACACGGGACAACCAUGUCGCCUUCUUUCGUCCGUUGUUUUAUUUGCCACCUUCGUUGUAAUCAUGUAUAACCAACUUGCCCAUCAGCACGUGCUCUCAUAGAUAUAAUUAUGUAAUGAUUGUGUAAAAUUGCUGUGAACUCCGGAACACAGCUGGAAGGUGUGUGACGCCUACAUCGGACACGGUGAUGAUGUCCACUACUGACACAAGAACAUAAUCAGUAUAUACCUACCGUAUGUUCUUCCAUCUGUAUCAAACCGAAAGUUGUUCCACUUAUUCACAUACAAUAGAAGAGCAGUUUAAUGGCCGUUGCCAUUAUGCCCCCAACAUACCUGCAGCAUUGGACUUCAUCCACUGUCGAGUGGUCCUCACAAAGAACAUUAGGGCCCGCAAAGUUUCAUAAUGGCACGUGAAGUAGUUCGCAAACAUCAAGACAUUUAGUCCCCCGGCAAGCAUUGAGAAUAACCCCUUUACCACAAGUUAGAUAUUUUUUAACUGCAUCCUCAACUUUGAAACUUCUCCAGCAUGUUAUUUUUCCCAAGGCAAACCUUAUUCCUACUGUGUUUCAUCUUGGUGGCCUCGGUAAUUCAAAAAAAAAAAAAAACUGUUUUAUGCCCUGUAGAUCUCCAAAGCAUGAUUAAAAUAUUUGGAGAAAAUCUUCACAAUGCACUCGAUUACCUUUCGUCACACAUCAUUCUUGACAUGCCCAAGAAGAUUCAUUGCAUUAGCUCCAGUGGUGUUCUGGGAAUUAAUUUCCAGCUACAUUUGUAGAGAGCGUUAAGAGCAUAUAUUGUCUACUGCAUCUAAUCACGAUAGCAGCUUUGACGUAAAAUUGGCUACGCCUACGUGCUGUCUCGUGUUCCCCUUCUUUGUGUGUUGUUUUAUUCGGCGCCAUCUUUGUAACCAAUUAAAAUUGGCUGUUGAGUCA